AUGAAGGAAAAAUCCAAGAACGCGGCAAAGACUAGACGGGAAAAAGAAAAUGGAGAAUUCUACGAACUGGCCAAACUCCUGCCCCUGCCCUCGGCCAUCACCUCGCAGCUGGACAAGGCGUCCAUCAUCCGCCUCACCACCAGCUACCUGAAAAUGCGAGCAGUCUUCCCCGAAGGUCUGGGUGACGCCUGGGGACAGCCCAGCAGGGUCGGGCCCUUGGAUAACGUGGCCAUGGAGCUCGGGUCCCACUUGCUCCAGACUUUGGAUGGCUUUGUUUUCGUCGUGGCAUCCGAUGGCAAAAUAAUGUACAUUUCUGAGACAGCAUCUGUGCACCUUGGCCUGUCCCAGGUGGAGCUCACUGGAAACAGCAUUUAUGAGUACAUCCAUCCCUCAGACCACGAUGAGAUGACUGCUGUCCUCACUGCCCACCAACCUCUUCAUCCUCACCUCCUGCAAGAAUAUGAAAUUGAGAGAUCCUUUUUCCUGAGGAUGAAGUGUGUCCUAGCCAAGAGGAAUGCAGGGCUGACGUGCAGUGGCUACAAGGUGAUCCACUGCAGUGGCUACCUGAAGAUCCGUCAGUACAUGCUGGAUAUGUCCCUGUACGAUUCCUGUUACCAAAUCGUGGGGCUGGUGGCCGUGGGGCAAUCUUUGCCUCCCAGUGCAAUCACUGAGAUCAAGCUCCACAGUAACAUGUUUAUGUUCAGAGCCAGUUUGGAUUUAAAGCUGAUAUUCCUCGAUUCCAGGGUCACGGAAUUAACUGGAUAUGAGCCCCAGGAUCUGAUAGAAAAAACCCUGUACCACCACGUCCACGGCUGUGACGUUUUCCACCUGCGAUACGCUCACCACCUGUUGCUGGUGAAAGGCCAGGUGACCACCAAGUACUACCGGCUGCUGUCCAAGCAGGGAGGCUGGGUGUGGGUGCAGAGCUACGCCACCAUCGUGCACAACAGCCGUUCGUCACGGCCUCACUGCAUAGUGAGUGUCAAUUAUGUCCUUACACAUGUUGAGUAGAAAAAAGUUGAGCUAUAAAUCCCAUCUCUCUGCCUCAGUCGGGAUAAGAAAGAAUCCCCGGGGAACGUGAACAGUGGGAACAAACAGCCCACAGCUUCCUAGCAAAGUUCCUCCUUUAACUCUCUUCCCCUGCUCUUCUCCCCCCAGCAAUACAGCUCGUUCCAAGCAGACAAACUGGAGUGCAGCCAGGUGGGGAGCUGGCGCUCCAGCCCCGCCGCCAGCGCCGCCGCCGCCCUUCAGGAACAGAACUUCCAUUCAGAGAGCAGCGAGCUCCUGUACGCCCCUCCCUACAGCCUGCCCUUCUCCUACCACUAUGGACACUUCCCUGUGGAUUCCCACGUCUUCAGUGGCAAGAAGCAAAUGCUGCCUGCAAAAUUCGGGCAGGCCCAAGGGGCGCCCUGCGAGGUGGCGCGCUUCUUCCUGGGCGCGCUGCAGACCAACGGCGAGUGCCAGUGGCACUAUGCCAACUCGCUGGUCCCCAGCAGCCAGUCACCCUCCAAAAACCUUCCUGAGCAGCCAGUGAACAUCAUCAGGCACAACCUUGGCCAGGGUUAUGAAGUCCCACUGUCCAACAGGAGGUACAACCAGGACGCUGCGCCCGAGGCCUUCCCGAGCUGCACGGCGCCGGUGCCGGGCAGGUACAAGGAGGAAUUUUAUGACUCUGGCAUCAUGAAACACAACAAACCCGAGGCCAGGCUGCAACCCCCAGCCCACCUCAUCAAAGAGGAAACCAAGCUGGCUUUCCACAGAGACCUGCAAGAAAAAACGAGCAUCAACGAGGGCUCCUUCUCCAACUCGCUGCUGCCCAAAUCCGAGUGCUGCCAGGCCAAAGCCGUGGGACAGCUGAGCCACCUGCUGCCCGUGCCCUCGGUCUACGAGCAGGGCAGGAGGAUUUGUGUCAAAGACCCCAAAUUUGGGCACAUCAACCACCACCAUCACCACCACCACCACCACCAUCAUCACCCGGGCAGCCUGGAGGAGCUGGAGGGCGAAAGGAUGAAGCUGGACCACGGGGCCGAGGGGUUGAUGGAGGUGAGGCCUUCGGGCCAAGUGCCCUUCGUGCUCCUCAAUUACCACCACGUGCUGGCCAAGCACGGAGCUUUCCAGGCCUCGCCCUGCACGGCCACGGCACACGCUGGGGACAAUUGUUCCUACAGCCCCGACGACGUCAACGCCUUCAUCUACAAAAACCAAAGCCCCUCGUCGGCCUCCUCGCCAGAGAGCCACAAGGAAUCUGCACUCCCCCAUUACAUCGGGACUUCUGUCAUCAUUGCCAACGGCAGGUGACGGCAGCAGCGCGGGGUUUUGCGUUUGAUUCGGAAGCCAAACUGGAAUGAUUUGCAAAACAACAACAACAACAACAAAA